ACUGCAAUUGCGGUUAAUAUAAAAUGUCGGCGCGGGCUCGUCUGGUCGUGGCCCCUUCGCGUAGACACUCUAUGUGGUUUACCACGGUGUACAUUUGUAGUCCGGUCGUUUGUCAGACAACAACGAAAAAUCACCAUAUCCACCGCCGACGCAACUUGGAACUGAACCCUGAGCUAUACUUGCCUAUGACUAGGAGGAGAUGACAUACGGACCCGUGUUCUAUACCCACCGCAGUGGUGCGAUGAGCGGUCAACAUUUGGCAGAUGGUGCGGUCGACACCAGCAAUGGUGGAAAUCAUAGUCCAGUUGAAACUAAAUCGCCUACGUCAAUUGAAAAACAACACAGCUACGAGCAAAUCGAUCAUGCUCAUUUUUUAGCCAAUGAUAUCGGCACUCUUUAUCUCAAUGACAGGUUUUCUGAUGUUGUGUUGAUAGUGAAUGGUGAACGUUUCCAUGCUCAUAGAGUGGUGUUGGCUUCUAGAAGCGAUUAUUUUAGAGCAUUGUUGUAUGGUGGUCUCAAAGAAUCUCAUCAAGCAGAAGUGGAAAUCACCGAAGCUUCGGUAAAUUCAUUUAAAAAACUUCUUGAGUACAUUUACUCAGGACGCAUGAACUUAAGUAUAUUGAAGGAUGAAGUAAUUUUAGAAAUAUUUAGUCUUUCCAAUUUAUUUGGUUUCACUAAUUUGGAACUAUCGCUGUGCAAGUAUUUACGCAGUAAUAUCAAUGUUUAUAAUGUGUGCUCCAUGUUUGCUGCAGCACGUUUAUAUCAGCAUAAAGAGUUAGUUACUGAAGCGUUGAAUUUUACUGACUACCAUGCAUUGGAAGUACUUCAAUCUGAAGCUUUUUUAUCUCUUUCUUCUGAAGCACUUCAAGAAGUACUUAAUAGAGAUUCAUUGUAUGCUUACGAAUUGGAUAUAUUUCGUGCGGUUUGUCGUUGGAUUAAGGCAAAUCAAGAUGAUGAAGACCCUGAGGUCAAAAUUAAAGUUUUGUCUGCCGUCAGAUAUCCCUUGAUGAGCCUGGAUGAAUUGCUUUCCGUUGUGAGGGAAUCGCAACUUGUAAGUUCUGACAAUAUUUUGGAUGCCAUACAACUACGAAAUACAUUACCUUCGCAUAAACUCAAAUUUAGAGGACAGCUAAAACCUAAUUUAAAUAUUGCUCAUCCUUCACAAGGCGCUCAGGUAAUGCAAGGAGAAAUGCGUUCAGCGUUAUUAGAAUCUGAUUCUAGUGGUCAUGAUCAUGAGCGGGGCUGUACUAGGCAUUUAAUUAAUGAAAGCGAUAGCGGUAUUAUGAUAAAGCUUGGUCAUCCUUCAAUCAUUAAUAUAUAAAAAUGCCACCUAUGGGAUAAGGAUCCUUAGGUAAAGGAAUUAAUAUUUUUAAAAUUAUUAAAUACAUUAUUUAUUUACAUGUUGUUUGUAAUUAGGUCCUAUUCUUAUUACAUUGAAGUGUCAAUGGACCAGCAUGAUUGGGUGCGCGCUAUUGAUCAUUCAAAUUAUUAUUGUCGAUCAACACAACGUUUGUGGAUACAUCCUCGGGUAGUGCAAUAUAUUCGUAUUGUGGGUACCAAUAACACUGUUAAUAAAUGUUUCCAUACAGUUUCAAUGGAAAUUAUGUACAAUUCUGAAGAAAUGCAUUUAGUAGAUAUUGAAAAAGGAUUAGUAGUGCCAAAGUAUAAUGUUGCUACAAUGGCCAUGAAUGCUAUUGUGAUUGAUGGAGUGAGUCGUUGUCGAAAUUCACUAUUGGACGGUAACUGUAAGGAUUAUGACUGGGAUUGCGGUUACACAUGCCAUCAAUUGGGUUCUGGAUGUAUACUUGUUCAACUUGGUCAACCCUAUAUGCUUAGUUCAAUGAGAAUGCUACUUUGGGAUUGUGACGACCGCUAUUAUAGUUACUACGUCGAAGUGUCAGUUAACAUGUGGGAUUGGGAAUUGAUUGUUGACAAAUCAAAAGAGCUUGUUCGAUCUUGGCAACUUUUGCAGUUCAACUCUCGGCCCGUUGUAUUUAUUCGUAUAACUGGUACUUAUAAUUCAGCGAAUGAGGUUUUUCACUGUGUUCAUCUAGAGGCACCGGCUCAAGUUCCAUUAGACUUAAAUACAGUUGAAGUCGAACAGGAAAUUUCAAAUUUACAAGUAACAAAAAAAAUAGACAACAACGAAUCGAAUGAGCCUGAGUCAAUGGAAACGCCACCAACCACAGUAGCAGAAACGUCAACAGCUGCAACUGACUGCCUGACCGUUUAAAUCAUCCAUAUUACUACAUCAUUCGCUAAUGUUCCUCGCGUAUUUUCCACAAUAGACUGAAUGUUAUAUCAAAUUGUUAUUUAUUUUUUUUUUUCGUAUAAAUUAUACAGUUAUUAAUUAUCACUAUUUGUAAUUUUAAAUUUUCCAUUUUUAUAAAUGGUUAAUUGUUUUUAAAUUAUUAUAAGUUAACAGUUAUCUUCUAUUCUAUAUAUUUAUUGAAAGUAAUUAUUUUAUAUUCUUGCACUACACUUUCUUAUACUCUGUGAAAAAAAACUUGUAUAUAUAUUGUAUUAUUUUUAAAAUAAAAAACUAUUUCUAAGGAUUUUAAUUAAAAA